GCCGGGCGCUGAGCCUCCUCGGUGCGGAGAGCGCGCGGCCUGGGGGGGAGCCCGGCGCCGCAGACCCCAUGGCCGCGGGCGUGGAGCAGCGUCUGGGCAGCCUCGCCGUCUUCACCCGCGACGACUUCGAGGGCGACUGGCGCCGGGUGGCCAGCGGCGGCUUCAGCCAGGUGUUCCGGGUGCGGCACAGGCGCUGGAGGACGGAGUUCGCCGUCAAGUGUGCCCCCUGCCUCCAGCCCGAGGCCUCCAGCCACGAUGUGGACUGCCUCGUUGAAGAAGCAGCCAAAAUGGAGAAGAUCAAGUUUCAGCAUAUCGUGUCCAUCUACGGGGUGUGCAGGCAGCCCCUGGGCAUUGUGAUGGAGUUCAUGGCCAACGGCUCCCUGGAGAAGAUGGUGCCCACGCACAGCCUCUCCUGGCUGCUCAAGUUCCGCAUCAUCCAUGAGACCAGUCUGGCCAUGAACUUUCUCCACAGCCUUAAGCCACCUCUACUCCACCUGGACCUCAAACCAGGCAACAUCCUCCUGGACAGCAACAUGCAUGUCAAGAUUUCGGACUUCGGCCUAUCCAAGUGGAUGGAACAGUCGACCCAGAUGCAGUACAUCGAGAGGUCAGCUCUGCGGGGCACCCUCAGCUACAUCCCCCCUGAGAUGUUCUUGGAAAGUAACAAGGCCGCAGGGCCCAAGUACGAUGUGUACAGCUUCGGGAUUGUCGUCUGGGAGCUCCUCACUCAGAAGAAGCCGUAUUCAGGCUUCCACAUGGUGACCAUUGUCGUCCAAGUGGCCGCAGGCAUGCGGCCCUCCCUGCAGUCUGUCUCUGAUACAUGGCCGAGCGAGGCCCAGCAGAUGGUGAACCUGAUGAGGCGCUGUUGGGAUCAGGACCCCAAGAAGAGGCCCUCCUUUCCAGAAAUCACAGUUGAGACAGACAUGCUGCUGUUCCUGCUGCAGAGUCCCGUGGCAGACCCGGAGAGUGAGGCCCUGGCCAGGAAGGUGUCGGGCAAGCUGGCUCUGCAACGGCCCGGGGACGUCAGUGAAGAGGUCAGCCAGGAGCUAACGGACAACGACUGGGGAGACUACCUGAAGCGGGUUCUGCGGCUCUCGGACGGCGAGAACCCCGUCCCAAGCGGUGAGGAGCUGUGCACAUACGAGAACAAAGUCUCCCCCCUCCACUUCCUGGUGGUGCAGGGCAGCGUGGAGCAGGUGAGGCUGCUGCUGGCCCACGAGGUCGACGUGGACUGCCAGACGGCCUGCGGCUACACGCCCCUCCUCAUCGCCACCCAGGACCAGCAGCCCGAACUCUGCACCCUGCUCCUGGAGCACGGGGCCGAUGCCAACCUGGUGGAUGAAGAUGGCUGGGCCCCGCUGCACUUCGCAGCCCAGAAUGGGGACGACCGCACCGCCCGCCUGCUCCUGGACCACGGGGCCCAUGUGGACGCCCAGGAGCACGAGGGCUGGACCCCGCUCCACCUGGCCGCACAGAACAACUUUGAAAAUGUGGCACGGCUUCUGGUCUCCCGUCAGGCCGACCCCAACCUGCAUGAGGCCGAGGGCAAGACCCCUCUCCACGUGGCCGCCUACUUUGGCCACGUCAGCCUGGUCAAGCUGCUGGCAGGCCAGGGGGCUGAGCUGGAUGCUCAGCAGAGAAACCUGAGGACACCGCUGCACCUGGCGGUGGAGCGAGGCAAAGUGAGGGCCAUCCAGCACCUGCUGAAGAGCGGGGCGGCUCCCGAUGCCCUUGACCGGAGUGGCUACAGCCCACUGCACAUGGCGGCCGCCAGGGGGAAGUACCUUAUCUGCAAGAUGCUGCUCAGGUACGGGGCCAGCCUCCAGCUGCCCACCCAGCAGGGCUGGACGCCCCUCCAUCUAGCAGCCUACAAGGGCCACUUGGAGGUCAUCCACCUGCUGGCUGAGAGCCAUGCAGACCUGGGGGCUCCUGGGGGCAUGAAGUGGACGCCCCUGCACCUGGCCGCCCGCCACGGGGAGGAGGGGGUGGUGUUAGCACUGCUGCGGUGCGGGGCUGACCCCAAUGCCCCCGAGCAGUCGGGCUGGACACCCCUCCACCUGGCUGUCCAGCGGGGCUCCUUCCUGAGCGUCGUCAACCUCCUGGAGCACAACGCCGACGUCCAUGCCCGCAACGAGGUGGGCUGGACUCCCGCCCACCUGGCCGCCCUCAAGGGCAACAUGGCCAUCCUCAAAGUACUGGUCAAAGCCGGCGCCCAGCUGGACGUCCAGGACGGGGUGGGCUGCACACCCCUGCAGCUGGCCCUCCGGAACCAAAAGCAGAACAUCGCUGCCUUCCUGGAGGGCAAGGAGCCCUCACUGGCCGUCCUGGGCAGUGCUGGGCCUGGAGCCCAGUCAGAAAUGUAGACAACGCGGGGCCUCCUUACCCAUGAGGAAGAAGGGUUGGUGGAGGUGAAGCUGGGCUUCUGGCACGGCCCCUUCCCUGUCCUUGCCACCUGCCCCUGGGGCCUUGAGAGGGAACAGGAGGCUGGUCUCCCCCCCAGAGGGAAGGGAAGUACACUGGGGUCGUAGCUGGGAGUUGGCCCUGGCCACCUCUUCCUCCUCCCGAACCUGGACUCAAGCCCCCAAAGUGAAUUCCCUCUUCCUUCCCCAGAUUCCUGCCAUCUUUUGCCACUUGCCCCUGAGCUCCCAGGGGCCCCUGCAUCCUGGGAACCCUCUCUGACGGUGAAGGGACGCAAGAGAAGAGGGGCGUGCUCCCUCCUCGCUAGUAUCUGUCUACUUGGCCCCUGUCUCUGGCAAGACCAGGAGAGCCAGGCACGUGCUUUUCAAAAGGGGCUGUAGCUAAAAGCCAGGAGGAAAUCUCUGCCUGCCCUUUACAGCCCCAGCCAGCCCCCUGUUGCCACACAGACCACACCUUCCUGGUGGCCCUGCUUCUGGCUCCUGGGUCUCCCACGUGGUCUCGGGGAUGAAGAAGGGCAGCUCCAGCUGCCCAUGAGUGUGAUCCUCUGUGGGUCCCUGGCCCCCCCUACCUCCCCUUUGCCCUGUCUAGUUAUAUGGCCAGAUUGCAAACCCUGAAGUCGAUAAAGCUGUGGAUCUGAGUCUCCCCUUUGGAGACGGGCUGACCCGUGGGGCCAGUUGUGUGCGUAUGGGGCGUGGUGUGUGUAUAAGCUCACCCAGUGGGAGGAGGGAGGGGCCCGAAGUGUGGAGUUGGAGGAGGUGGUGAUGGUGAGGGGUGGGUUACUGGGGCAGGGACUUCCCUCCCAGCCACAGCAGCUCAGACAACUGUCCCCUGUGACCAUACCCUGGCCACCCAUGUGCUGGCCUGGCCUGCCCUACACAUUGUGGGGCAGGUUUCGGGGCAGAGCGGGGGCUGCUCACACUACCCUUGUGUUGACUGGGCCCAGCCUCUGCUUCCUCUCUGGCUCUGCUGGGAAUGGCCGGCCUCAGAAAGGUGGGGGGACUUGAGUGGGUAAGAAUGGGUGCCCUAAAGUCCUAUCCCACUCCUCUCCACCUCUCCGCACUGCUGGAGUAGUCCCUCCAAUUUUGAUUUAAGGAUGUUUUGUAAUUGUCAGAGAAAAGGAAUCUUCUGCCCCAACCACUGGCCAGCUCCAACCCCCAGCCCCUGGGCAGGUUCACCUCUGUGCGGGGCCGGGUGCAUGCGGGGCCAUCAGUCAGCAGCCUGCCGUCAGCAUAGGGUGAGAGGCAGAGCAGAGGAGACCUCUUACCCCACAUACAUGCUGGCAGUGUUGUGUCUCUGGGCUGUGGCCCACCUCCUGGGCCCUAGAUGCUUCACCCCAUCACGUCACAGGCCGUGGCCGCCACGGAGAGCCCUGAGAGUAGCACGGAGCUGGGAUGUGCCCCAGAACAGUAGCUAUAAAUCAAACCUACGCAUUAGAACCUCCUGGGUGAGGUGUGUGGGGGUAGAAGAGCUAUUUAAACACUGGCCCUACCCGGUUAAACAAGAAUCUCCUGGGUUAAGCUGGAGAGCAGCCAGGGCUGAGAACAAACACCAGGGGGUGUCUCAUUUCUCCCUGUGCCCUCUCCUUAGCACCACCAUGAUGACAGUAAUCUGCCGGCAGCCCCCUGGUGGUGGGCUUUUCUGGGCUAGUUGGAGGAGUGGGGACUCCUGAGGACUACUGUAGGCAUCACUCGAACGUUCAUCUUCCUCCUCCCUGCUCAGCCACCUGGUCCAUUCUCCUUGUUCUUCCUGAGGUUGAGCCUUAGGCAAGACUUGUAGCUGAAAAUGCCCCCUGGGAGUUCUGUCUUUCCAGAACAUGCUAGAGCAGGAAGGGGGAAGGGGAGAGGACUCUAUGCUGUUUGCCUUCCCUGUGCACUGAGGUCUGUCUGGCUCCCACGCUAGGAUUCUGCACGAGCCAGAGAAGGUGGGGGGGCUACCUGUUCAAAGCCAGGUGAGCUCAGAUCAAUCCCUGGGAAUGUCCAGGAGUGAGCCACAGGGGGACAGCAGUGUUGGGGCUCUCCUGUUGGAAACAACUUGAAAGAUCCUGAAGAAAGAGUUAGAACAGAUAAUUGAUGCCUUUGCAUCUGCUGUCCUAUAAUGGCAGGGAUUCCGUGGACAUGCGGUCAGGACUACCCCUGGGAGUCAUUGCAGCUCACCAACCUGAUGGUCCCGGGGUCCAGGCUGAGAUUCUCAGACCCCUGCUUGGUCUACAACCUGCCUCCAGGAGGUAACAGACGUAGCGGGUUCAGGCCAGCUCUGGCCCACAGCCCUCACAUUGCCUACCGGCACCUGCUUGCUUUUCAAGUCAACCCAAGCCAGACACAUCACACAGUGUCUGUGGUGAGUCCCACUGCCACACAGCUGCCUUCUAGAGGUUUUCGUGGGAUGUUUAGAAUUGGAUUUUAGUGAGGCCCUUGAAAUUUCCAAGGAGAGAGUCUCCAGCUGGAUUUCAAAUCCUGUUUGGGGGAGUUUGGGGGGUGGCCAAGGAUAGGAACUCCCUAGUUUCCUACUGGGCAUCUCUACUUGGAGGUCCUACAGACCCCUUCAAGUCCCAAACUGGGACGUUCCCUCCCCUCCACGAGUCCAUUCUUCACUCUCUUCCCAUGUCAGUUUUUGCCUGAACUUUUAACCUGGGAGUCCUUCUAGACUGGUGCUGUCCAACAGCACGCCCUGGGAGGUGGGAAACCCAUAUCUGCAACCGGUUGUUAGGAUAGGUCCUUCCCCUCUGUGCUUCUGAGCGCUUAAAAUGUGGCCAGUGCAGCCGAGGGACCAGACAUUUGAGUUCAAUAAACUUAAGUAGCCCCACAUGUGCCUAGUAGACAACACAGUCUAUAAUCUGGCCCUGUCCCUCAUCCAGUCAGUUACCAAGCCAAGUGGGACUUUCUAGAAGACACAUAUGUGGGAGGACACAGCAGAGACGGGGCAGUGCCUAGAUGAGGUGGAAGGAGCCGGGGCGCCAGAGGCUGGGGAAUGUGAACGAGCAAACAAGCUAGGGGUGCAGACAGCCCAAGAGCAGAUGGGGUGGUGAGACCCUGACGCCCACCCUGAUUCCGGAGCUUGGACCUUGGGGCAGCUGGGAGAUGCUCUCCCUUUCUGAGCAGAAGAAUAAAAUCACAAUGCACUGUG